AAGGAUGAAAGUGUUGCAAAAAGUCAAUUAAUAACCCACUAUAGAUCCAAAACACCGGCCAGUGGCCAGAGAGGAGAGAGAGAAACCAAAAACAGAGCAACUAGUCUAUAGAUACCAAGAAAGAAAUACAAGAGAGAUGGUGAGCAAAACAGAGGAAACCCAAUUGAACAGCCUUGAAAAUCAGGUUGACAAUGGAGGAGGAGGUGUUUGGGAGUAUCUUUGCCUUGUCAGGAAGCUCAAAGUUAGGCGUUCAGAGAAAGUCUUGAAGCAUGGCUUGUCGAUCUUGAAUGACCCCAAAAAAAGAUCUGCUCUUGGCCCUGAAGAAUGGACUCUAUAUGAGCAAGUAGCAAUUGCUGCUAUGGAUUGCCAAUGUCUUGAUGUUGCCAAGGAUUGCAUAAAGAUUUUACAGAAAAAAUUUCCAGAGAGCAAAAGGGUUGGCAGGCUGGAGGGCAUGUUGCUUGAAGCAAAGGGAUCCUGGGCUGAGGCAGAAAAAGCUUACUCAAGCCUUUUAGAGGACAAUCCACUUGAUCAAGUAAUACAAAAGAGGAGAGUAGCCAUGGCAAAGGCUCAAGGAAAUAUUUCAGGGGCUAUUGAGUGGCUUAAUAAAUAUCUUGAAAUAUUUAUGGCAGACCAUGAUGCUUGGAGAGAACUUGCAGAGAUAUAUGUCUCCCUACAAAUGUACAAGCAGGCAGCAUUCUGCUAUGAGGAGCUUAUUUUAUCUCAACCUACAGCACCAUUAUAUCAUUUGGCCUAUGCUGAUGUGCUUUACACACUUGGUGGACUAGAAAACCUUCAGACUGCCAAGAAAUAUUAUGCAUCCACUAUAGACUUGACAGGGGGUAAGAAUACCAGAGCACUUCUUGGAAUUUGCUUGUGCACCUCUGCCAUAGCACAGCUUUCAAAAGGAAGGAACAAGGAAGACAAGGAGAGUCCAGAGCUCCAAUCUUUGGCAGCAACAGCCUUGGAGAAAGACUACAAGCAGAGAGCUUCCGACAAACUUGGCCUACUUACUUCUGCUUUAAGAAGUUUGAAAAUUUAAUCUUAAUGCCGAUGACAUUGAUUGAAGGCUUUUAAUUAUUGCCCCAUACUCUGAAAUUGAAAAGGGGAUGAAGAUAAUUUUCCAGAAUUGUUUAGGUUUUUGCUAAAUCUCUAAGUUAUUUGUUUCUAUUCAUGUGUUUUUCCCUUCUAGUCCUCCAUUGGAGGGCUUGAAUACAGCAUAGAAACCUACAAAUGUUAUGAGAAAAUUUUCCUUUCCUCCAGCAUAAUGUUGGAUUA